GGUCAAAAGGCCAGCGCCACAAAGGCCCAACGCGCCCGAAUGACCCCAGAAGGGGCCUUGUAGGAAGGCAUACGGGCCAAGAUUCAGAGGCAUGAAAAGGGCCACAAACUCGGAGGGUUUGGAAAGGAUUCCUCUUCCUUAAGCAUCACUUUGAGGCAAACACCAUUCAUAUCAUUCAUAUCACCACCAUACGCGAUCCACAAGUUUCGUCCGCCGCAAGCAUUUCCUCGCCGCCAUGGACUCGCCCGUCGACUCACCCGUCGACUCGCCCGUCGGGGGUGUGAGCGAAAUUGGGCGCUUUGAGACGCACGGUAGGGGGGAGUUGAAGGAGGCAUCCCAACCGACCCAACCGACUCAACCGAACAAGCAGACGCCACGCGAAAUACACUCUCGCUUCGCGUUGGUGUCGACGCAGUCCUUCGACGAGAAACGUCAGCCGACAUUUACAACGCUCACCAUCAACUCGCCGCACCUGCUCAAGGCCCUGGAAGAGGUUGUGACGCACUACCCAGGACGUCCGCCACAUUUCAAGCAGCCCGUAAGCAUCAAGUCUCCGUUUGCAAUACUGCACCACCAUAAGUCGCUGCUGCAGAAGUACGGCGAACCCGAUUCGGAUCCCACGCUCCGGACCCACCUCAAGCUCCUUUUGGACUACCUCGACAGUGCCCUGGACCCGCAUGCCGAGCAGCUGCUCAGCGAAGGGCUCGUCACGUUUUCCCUCCUCUGGUUGGCUUUCCGACCAGGGGAGGUGGUGGUCCAGUCGGAGCAUGGACACCAGCAGCUUUGGUUGCUCAAAAAAACCGCCUAUGUCAAAUCGUUUCUAGGAAUGGAGUAUUUCAAGCUCCACUGCCUGCGCAGGAUGUACAACGGUACUGAAGUGGGGUGGACCAGCUCUACAAUGCAAAUCGAGAAGCCUGACGAGGGUGUGGCUGAGAUUCUUUCUCUCGAUGUGUCCCCCCUCCGAUGCCACCGAGAUCCCGAUAGCAUCAAGGAGCGGCUGUCGGAGAGGGGCUAUCGAUACCUGGAGCUGACGGGCAUCCACGUGAGACAUUACGAUGGGAUGUUCUUGGGCCUUCAAGGUGGAUGGUCGCCGUGCAGAGCGAGUGGAAGUGUAAUUGUCGACGGUGGAACAUUCGUGGAGGAGAACGCAGGCCACCAUGUGCGCGUCGAGUCGGACUCGGAAGCCCGCAGUGGCGCGUCAGAACGACAACAAGGGGACCCGAUUCGUGUACAGGGCCAGCCCUUAAGCGGCGAGGACCCCUUCGAUGCGUCGAUAAUGUUUUUUCCGCCGUAUGUGCACGGCUACUCGCUGGAGACGCGAUGCUGGUGCAGAUUCUUCGUCGACCAACUCACCGAGGUCCGUUGGAGGCCUAACGCGCUCAGCGAUCUGGUCUUGCCAACGAACCAGAAGACGCUCAUCAAAUCGCUCGUGGAGUAUCACUCCUUCAAACCUUCCACGACCGAAUCCUGCAUCGAGGCGACAAAAGGGAAGGGAUUGGUCAUCCUCCUCCAUGGGGGACCGGGCACGGGCAAGACCCUCACGGCUGAAGUUAUGGCCGAACACCACGAGCGGCCCUUCCUGAGGAUCCCGGCCGGGGAACUCGGAUACGGUCUGGCCAUUCUUGAGAGGGAGCUGAAGAAGCUUACCAAAUACGCGACGAAGUGGAGAGCAAUCGUGCUUAUUGACGAAGCCGACAUAUUUCUGGAGUCUCGAAAGGACGGUAGCGUGGAGAGGAACGCUUUGGUCGCGGUCUUUCUCAGACAGCUGGAGUACUUCCAGGGCAUCAUUUUCCUGACGUCCAACAGAGCUCAGACGUUCGACUCGGCCAUCAAAUCGCGCAGCCACCUUAUCCUCCAUUACCCCCCGCUUAACCAGCACACGCGCGCCGAUAUCUGGCGCAAGAGGCUCCAGCUUAUCCCCGAGUAUGACCUUGACCCCGAGCUUGACAUAGAGGAGGCCAUCAGUGCGGUUGUGGGCUUUGAGAUGGACGGCCGCGAGAUCGCCAACACGGUCGAGUCGGCGCAGACGCUUGCGAGGAGCGAUGGGGGACCGCUGGGCCAGACGCAUCUGGACACGGUGACAGAGGUGUGGAAGAUGGCGCAUGACGCGCAAAUGGUGGGGCGAAUCUCGAAUUAGAGCCCGAAGGGAUGAGAGCAGGGAGCAGGAAACAUAAAGAGGGACAAACCUGGGACGGAAGCGUUGCGUUCAAGUUUAGUUCCGCCAAGGCGGCGGUUGCGAUCGUGUUGUGCCGCAGGUGCUAUUCCGUGAUCCCAUUAGCUUUAUAAAAUCCGUAUCGUCAGAUAAGCACGCAUAGUGGGAAUUUGGCAGCGGUGACCGCAAACAAGUGUAUGCCGCAGAUUGACUGGAAAAAACCGGC